AGGUUAGUUUUUUUUUUGUUUACAAAAUUCUGUCAAUUGCUGUCAAUCAAUAUUUACCUUAAUUGUUUAUAUUCUUUACAUAAAUAUUUAUUCAAAUAAUUAAUCAAGUUGCUUAGUUUUCAAAACUAUAAAUCCUCGUUAAUAGUUUUUUAGCUUUUUGUUAAUUGACCAGCUGAUUGAAAUGAUAACAGUUUUUUUUAAGUACACAAAUAAACACAAAUCAAGAAUAAAAAAAAAAAAAAUGAUUAAAUAUUCGUCACCACUUGUCGGAAGCAGCUGAUUUUACACCAGCUCUUAAACUGUCUUAAACCCAACCUCUCUUUGACGUGUAAAAAAAAAAGAUAAAUAAAAGAAAUUAUAAAAAAGUACAGUGACAGCUAAUCAAAUUUCAAAUAUUAUAUUUAAAUUGAUAUUUAAAUAUAAGUAAUAACCAUGAUAAACAAAAGAAAUGAAAAGUGAAAAAUUAUUUUAAACAUGUACUAAAGCUAGAUGCAUCAAAAACACAAAUACAAUGGAUAAGUGUACAUUAUUAUUAGAACAAAAUAAAUGGUCAUGGAACUGGGAAGAUUUUUGUGGUUCCCAAGACAACACUGGAUCUCUAAAUCCCAAUGCAAAUGGUCUUUGUUUUCAACAGUUAUAUCUUCAGAUGCCAACAUUAGCUCUCUUGGCAAUAACAUCAGCCUAUUAUUGUGGCAAAAAAUUAUCAUCAAGUCAUCAUCAAGAAAGAUACACUCAUUGGGCAAUAACCUCGAGAUUAAUAAUAACAAUAUGCUUGAUAAUAUUACCAAUAAUUCGUGCAUAUAUAAUUUUAGUAAAUACAACAUUAGUACCAGAUUCAAAAAAAAAUAUAUCUUCAAUAUUAAAAUACUCACGUUCUCAAUACAAUAUUUUAUUGAAAAAUAAUUGUACCGAGUAUUUUUCAAUAAAUGAUGAUAAUUAUCAUUAUGAUAAUCAAGCAACAUCAGCAAAUCCAAUUGAUUAUAUGAUAGCAGCAACUGAGGGUCUUGCUUGGGCUGUACAUUUUUGUUUUAUACUUAGUCUUCAACGAGGAUCAAGACUGAGUUUACGUGGUCCUGUUAUUAUCAGGGCAAUUAUAUUUAUGUUAAUUGGUACAUCAAUACUUAUAUUACGUACUCAUAUUAAACAUCCAAGUACAAAUGAUGUUAUUCCAAAUUUAUCAUUAAUAUUUAGUAUUGCUGUUGUGACAUUUAUGAUAUUAUAUUUUUUAACAUUAUUACCAAGUGCUGAUGAUAGAAAUAGACAAUCAAGAAAUUCACGUUAUACAGAAAUUAAUGAAAAUACUAGUCUUUUAAAUUCACCAGUAACAUCAUAUGUACAUUUUAUGGAAGAACAUGAUCCAAAUUAUCUUGGUACAGCAAUGGAAGAUUCAACAUUUUUAUCAAAUUUAUUAUUUCAUUGGGUAACACCAUUAAUGGAAAAAGGUGUUAGAAGUACAUUAAAAAAUCCUGAUGAUUUAUAUGAUUUACCAGAACACAUAACAACUGGUUAUAUUAGCUAUGAAAUUGAUAAAUUUAUUAAAAAAACAACAAGACGACAAAUAAAUUUAUAUGUCAAUAAUGACAACAACAAUCAAUCAUAUAUUAAUAAUAUUAAUAAUAAUAAAAUAUCAUUAUUAAAGCUACUACAUAAUUGUUUUGGUUGGCAAUUUUAUGCUGUUGGAUUAUUAAAAUUUAUUGCUGAUUGUUGUGGUUUUGUUGGACCAAUACUUCUUAAUAAACUUGUUAGUUUUAUUGAAGAUAAAGAUAAACCAAUAUCAUAUGGUUAUUUAUAUGCAUUUUUAAUGUUUUUAUCAACAUUAAUUGGAUCAUUUGCAAUAACACAUUUUAAUUUUUGGAUGAAUAUUGUUGGUUUAAAAAUACGUAGUACUGUUAUAACAUUAGUUUAUCGUAAAACAUUAAAUUCAUCAAAUAAUAAAUUAAAUAUUGAAUUUACAUUUGGUGAAAUUGUUAAUUUUAUGAGUACUGAUUGUGAUAGAAUUGUAAAUUCUUGUCCAAGUUUUCAUACAUUUUGGAGUAUACCAUUUCAAUUAAUAGUAACAUUAUAUUUAUUAUAUAAACAAAUUGGUAUGUCAUUUAUUGCUGGUAUAUUAUUUACAAUAAUAUUAAUACCAAUUAAUAAAUAUAUAGCUAAUAAAAUUGGUCAAUUAAGUACAAAAAUGAUGAAUUUUAAAGAUCAACGUGUACGUUUAAUUGGUGAAGUACUACGUGGUUUAACAACAAUUAAAUUAAAUGUUUGGGAAGAACAUUUUCUUGAUAAAAUUAUUAAAUUACGUAAUGGAGAAAUUAAAUAUCUUCAAGGUAGAAAAUACUUGGAUGCAUUGUGUGUUUAUUUUUGGGCAACAACACCUGUAUUAAUAUCAAUAUUAACAUUUACAACUUAUGUUUUAUUUGGUAAUCAACUUGAUGCACAAACUGUUUUUACAAGUAUGGCAUUAAUGAAUAUGUUAAUUGGUCCAUUAAAUGCACUACCAUGGGUAUUAAAUGGUUUAACAGAAGCUUGGGUGUCUAUUAAAAGAAUACAAAGAUUAUUAAAUCUUGAUGAUCUUGAUACAUCAACAUUUUAUACUGAUCCACCAGAUGGUAUUGAUGUUAUGCUUAAAAAUGCUGCAUUUACUGUCAAUGAUAAUGCUGAUAAUUUAGAUAAUCUUGAAGUAUCACCUGAUUCAAUUAUAUCAGCACCAUCAACAUCAGUAACAGCAGCAGCAGCAACAACAACAAAAAAAAAUGUAUCAUUUGAGAGUGAUAAAACAUUUUUACUUAAAGAACUUAAUUUAAAUAUAAAAAAAGGACAGCUAGUUGGAAUAAUGGGAAAAAUUGGCAGUGGAAAAUCAUUAUUAUUAGAUGGUUUAUUAGCUGAAAUAACAAAACUUACUGGCGAUGUUGGAAUAUCAGAUUUAGAAAAUGGUUUUGGAUAUGUUAAACAAAUACCAUGGUUACAACGUGGUACAAUACGUGAUAAUAUAUUAUUUGGUAAAACAUAUGAAUAUAAUAAAUAUAAAAAUGUUAUAAAAUGUUGUGCAUUAACUGAUGAUUUAUUAUCAUUACCAAAAAGAGAUUUAACUGGUAUUGGUGAUGCUGGUAAUACAUUAUCUGGUGGACAAAAAACAAGAAUAUCACUUGCACGUGCUGUUUAUGCUGAUAAAAAAAUAUAUUUGCUUGAUGAUAUAUUUGCAACACUUGAUGCAAAUGUUGCAAAAUAUAUAUUUCAAAAUGUUAUAUUAGGUUUAUUAAAAAAUAAAACACGUAUAAUAUGUACACAUCAAACAAAAUAUUUAAUUCAUGCUGAUUUAAUUGUUGAAAUGUCAAAUGGUAAAAUUAUAAAACAAGGUAAUCCAACAGAUAUAUUACCUGAUUUAGAUGAUUAUUUAUUGUCAUCAAUAUCCAUUGAAACAAAUAUGAAUUUAUUAUCAAAUAAUCAAACAUUAAAUAAUGAUAAAUUUGAAGAUAAUGAUAAUAAUGAUAACGAUACAAUGUUGGAUGAUGAAUAUAUUGAAAAAGGAACAGUUAAAUUUGGUGUUUAUGGUACAUAUUUUAAUGCAGUUGGUAGAUCACUUGUUGUAUCAAUAAUAUUAUCAAUGAUAUUAAUGCAAAGUUCAAAAAAUAUGACUGAUCUUUGGCUAUCAAUUUGGGUGACACAUGUAAAUACAACAUUUAAUAGUUCAUCAAUAUCAAAAGAAGAAUAUCUUGAUAUUGAUAAAAAUACAAAUAAUUAUUAUUUAACAAUUUAUGCUAUAUUGGCUUUAUUAAAUACAAUAUUUACUUUGAUUCGUGCAUUUUUAUUUGCAUAUGGUGGUAUUAAUUCAGCAAAAACAAUGCAUAAAAAUUUAUUAAAAACAAUUAUAAAUGCAAAAUUAAAUUUCUUUGAUUCACAAUCAUUGGGAAGAAUAUUAAAUAGAUUUUCAUCAGAUACAUAUACAGUUGAUGAUUCAUUGCCAUUUAUAUCAAAUAUAUUAUUAUCACAAUUAUUUGCUUUAAUUGGUACACUAAUUAUAACAUCAUAUGGAUUACCUUGGAUAUUUUUAAUAUUUGCUCCACUAGUACCAAUAUAUCAUUGGAUUCAACAUCAUUAUCGUUUGACAUCACGUGAAUUAAAGCGUAUAUCAAGUACAUCAUUAUCACCACUUUAUACACAUUUUAAUGAAACACUACAAGGUUUAAGUUGCAUACGGGCAUUUAGAUCAGUUCCAAGAUUUAAACAUGACAAUGAAAUAUACCUUGAAUUAAAUCAAAAAACAAUAUUUUCAUCAUUUGCUGCUGGUCAAUGGUUAGCACUUAGAUUACAAUUUAUUGGUAUUGCAUUAUUAGCUGGUGUUUGUUUAAUGGCUGUAUUACAACAUCAAUUUGACGUUGCUGAUCCAGGUUUAAUUGGUUUAUCAAUAACUUAUGCAUUAUCAGUAACAACAUUAUUAUCUGGUGUUGUUAAUACAUUUACAGAAACAGAACGUGAAAUGAUAUCUGUUGAAAGAAUAAAACAAUAUUUAGAAAAUGUACCAGUUGAAAAUAAUACUGGUGAUAAUCCACCGUAUGCUUGGCCAGGUCAAGGUGUUAUUGAAUUUAAUAAUGUUGUAUUACGUUAUAGAGAACAUUAUUUACCAUCAUUAAAUUUUGUUACAUUUAAAACAAGACCUGCUGAAAAAAUUGGUAUUGUUGGUAGAACUGGAGCUGGUAAAUCAUCAUUAUUUAAUACAUUAUUUAGACUUGUUGAAAUUGACAAUGGAUCAAUAUUAAUUGACAAUGUUAAUAUUAAAUCAUUAAAAUUAAAUUCAUUAAGAUCAAGAUUAUGUAUAAUACCACAAAAUCCAUUUUUAUUUUCUGGUAGUAUUAGAAAUAAUAUUGAUCCACUUGAUGAAUAUCCAGAUUAUCAAAUAAAUAAAACAAUUGAAAAAUGUAAAUUAACUGAAUUAGUUAAUAGACUUGGUGGUCUUGAUGGUAUUAUUGAUGAAAAUGGUAGUAAUUUAAGUGCUGGACAAAAACAAUUAUUUUGUUUAGUAAGAGCAAUAUUACAUAAUGCUAGAAUACUAUGUAUUGAUGAAGCAACAGCAAAUAUUGAUUAUGAAACUGAUCGGGCAAUACAAAAUACUAUUAAAUCAGCAUUUAGAUGUUCAACUGUCAUAACAAUUGCACAUAGGAUCAGGACAAUAAUGCAUUGUGAUCGAGUAUUAGUCAUGGGUGAUGGAGAAGUUCUUGAAUUUGAUGAGCCAAAUAAUCUUUUGGAAAAUUCUGAUUCACAUUUUUAUAAUUUAUCGAGUCAAGAAUUUUCUGAUCGUGAAUAA